CUCGAGCUAUCUAAACGCUCUCGCUCUUAGUCCAUACCUCUUCUCAUCACCGCAACAACAUAAAUUCCGUAUUGCCUUCAUGUCCUCAUCUCUAGCGCGCUCACGCGCCACCGCUCUAACGCGCUCCUGCGCACGAACACAAGCCAGGCAAUUGGCGACUGCAUCGUUAGCGUCCCAAAGCAACUUGGUCAACAUAGUCGAAGUCGGCCCGCGCGACGGCCUCCAGAACGAGAAGAGCACCAUCUCCGUCGACACCAAGGUCGAUCUCAUCGACCGGCUCGCGAGUGCCGGCCUGCGCUACGUCGAGGUGGGCAGCUUCGUCAGCCCCAAGUGGGUUCCUCAGAUGGCCGGCACCGCUGACGUCGUCUGUCGCCUCCCGCGGCACCCCAACACGCACUACGCCGUCCUCACGCCCAACACGCGCGGGCUCGCCGACCUCCUCUCCAUCCUGCACACGCCCUCCCCAGACUCGCACGACACCCCUCCCCCGCCGAUCAGCGAAGUCGCGAUCUUCACCGCCGCCUCGGACGCGUUCUCCCAGGCCAACACAAACUGCACCGUGCUCGAGUCGCUACAGCGCCUCGAGAGCGUCGCGCGCGAGGCGCAGGACAAUAAGCUCCGGGUGCGCGGGUACGUGAGCGUCGUGGACACGUGUCCGUAUUCUGGGCGGACGGAUCCGGGCAAGGUGCGCGAGGUGGCGAAGGCGCUGGUCGAGAUGGGCUGCUACGAAGUUAGCUUGGGCGAUACGGUGGGCACGGGCACGCCGGGCACGACACGGGCGAUGCUGGAGGAGGUGGGCAAGGACGUGCCGGUGGAGAAGCUGGCUGGGCAUUUCCACGACACAUAUGGCACCGCCAUUGCCAACGUCUUUGAAGCGCUCUCCUUCGGCAUCCGUACCAUCGACGCUGCCGUCGGCGGACUCGGUGGAUGCCCCUAUUCGCCGGGCGCGACAGGCAACGUCGCAACCGAAGACGUCAUCUACGCACUCCAGGGCUCGGCAUACGGCGUCCAGGGCGGCGCGAAAUGGCAGGACGUCGCAGAGAUCGGCGGAUGGAUCUCGGAUACACUGAGCAGACAGAGCACGAGUCGUGUAGGACGGGCAUAUGCUGCGCGCAAGGAGCGGCAGAGGAGGAAGGAGGGAGAAAAGGCCAAGCUCUGAAGUCUUGACAAGGGGCGCAUAUAUCGUGUAAAAUACUAAUUGAUCCAUAGUUGUGCUAGCAUCAUGUAAACAGCAUGCAGAUAAUAAAAGCGAUGUAUACCAUCGUUCAAUCCUCCAUACUGUCCGAUACAUCCCGCUCGAUUGCCUACUCCAUCCUCUCCAAAAAUCCAACGCCACCCGCUCUGACCUUGGCCCCAAAACUCUCAUACCACUUCUGAAUCACGCCCAUGGGCACCAUACUGUCCGGCGUGAUCGUCGCCCCUCCCCCGCCAGGAACAAAGCCCGCGACAUAGUUAAACAGAUGCCUCGCGAUGCGCUCCGCGAGCAGCGACGCGUCUGGGUUCUUGUUCGCCGCGCCGACAGCGGUACUGCUGCCCUGCGCGGCAGCGAGCCCGACGACCUGCGACAGCACCUGUGACAGGGGCUCGAUGGCGAAGCCGAGGAUCGCGGUGACGUCCCCCGGCGCUGCGUUCGUCUGCAUCGAGGCAGCGGCGGCGGGGUUGGCGGAGAAGGCGGUGGGUGUGCUCGAUGUGGAGUAGGUCCCGCGCAGGCGGAAGAUGGCGGAGGGUUUUUCGUUGGAGAGCCUGGCAAGAGAGAUUGGCGAUGUUAGCUUGGGUACAGCGUGUUAGUGGGUGAG